AAGGUCCCGAGUGCUGCUCCCUGGAUCCCAAUCAAACAAUAGGCAAAAUAACGCUCCAAAAUCACAGAGCGAGUGGUCCUCCCCAUUGUAAGUGCAAUAUUGGGCCACACUGCUGCAUGAUCGGGACAAAGAGACGAUGAUACAGGCUGGUUUCUAUGGCAACAGAGGAGGGGUAGCUAAAACAGAAAUGUUGCAAACACGGGCGCUGCUCACCGCACCGCUGCGCAGGGCACCGCUGCCUGCAAAAAGUCCAGAUGCCUCCACCUUUCGGCUCGCGGAGUUCUGACAUGCACAGACAUGGCAAUUUGUUCUCCGUUUAGCUGCGAAGAGAAAGGGAACACCACACACACGGCCCCCCGUUUUCUGUGUGCAAAAUGUGUGCGUUCUUUAAAAGGCAGUGGUUGGCUGGUUUUCCGGACAUGAUGUGGUUGAAGCUGUCAUCGUAAUGGAAAUUCAUUGCUGUAGCUAUGGUAAAUCGAGUUUUCUGCCUGUGCUGAAUGCAUUAGUCUAAUGAGAUGUUUGCAGCUGGAGAGCGGAGCUGCUGGAGGCUCGCGCGGUGCUAGGAGGCAGGAGAAGAUGGCUUGUGCUGGGCUCCGUGUGCAUGUGCUGAAAGUCCUGUGCCCUGUGGCUCUGGAUGCCCAGGCACUCUAAGGGCACAGCCCAGGCUUCUAACAGGCAAUAGGUGCUUCCAGGACAAACUGGGGAAGGACCCUGCGCCUGGAGGAGAUGCACACGCGACCUGUCAGUCCUGUCAGCUGCCAUCCAGCCCACAGCCCGUCCCUCAUCUGCCACUGGUGAAGGCCAACGCAGCUCCUGGGAUGAGCCACUCACCACCCCUGCCCACCCUCCGGGACCCCUCAGCCAUGCCAUCCCCCCGCAUCGCAGGGAGGAAGCGAGGCCGGCCCCCGCUGCAGCCUGCACCCAUCAAGGUGACCGUCCAAAGCCUCUUCUCUGCACCCAGCGGGGCUCUGCCAGUAGUAAAGAUCCCAAAGAAGAGAGGGAGGAAGCCCGGACACAAGCUGAAGUCUCGUGUCCUGAUGACUCCCCUAGCAAUCUCUCCACCAAGAAGCACGCCAGAGCCUGAUGUGAGCUCAAUCCCACAGGAUGCAGCCACCAUCCCCAAAUCGACCACCCCACAGGCUCUUACAGUCUGCAUUUACAUCAACAAACAAGCUAAUCUGGGGCCAUACCUCGACCAAAAGAAAGUGCAGCAACUGCCAGAGCACUUUGGGCCUGAGAGACCUUCCUCAGUCCUCCAGCAGGCUGUUCAGGCUUGCAUCGACUGUGCGCUGCAGCAAAAGACUGUCUUCUCACUCAUCAAACAAGGAUAUGGAGGAGAGAUGGUGUCAGUCUCAGCGUUUUUUGAGGGGAAGCAGCACCUCCUGAACCUGCUGGCAGUGAACAGCAUCGGGUACGUCCUGCGCUUCCUGAAGAAGUUAUGUCGCAGCCUCCUGUGUGAGAACCUCUUCAGCAACCAGCCCUCCCAGCAGUACAGCACCAUGUCAGAAAGCGUGCAGGUAUAUGAGGACAGACGUAUCGAGGCAGAAACAGUCAUCCCUGAGGAUUACCUGGAUCCAGCUAACAUGAAGCGGUACAGCACGGAUCCUACUGACUCUGCCUUCAGUUGUGUGGGCUCCACAUACGCCAUGCGGCAGAGUCCUGCAGAUGGACAUCCUGCUGGAGGCUCCUCUUCCUCCUGCGGUCAUCGUCCUGCGCCGGUGUCCUCAGGGAGGUCCUCCUCUGCCAGCCUGCGGCACCACACCUCCAGCCCAACAAGGAAUGGGACCUACCCUGAAGGAAACACAAGUGCCUCCAGUCCUUCACCAGAACGACAAGACGUGGCUCGGCCAUCAAGCAAGAAUCCUUUGAACUGGACUGUGGAUGAUGUGAUUUGGUUUGUGAAGGAUGCAGACCCACACGCUUUAGGUCCUCAUGUGGAGCUCUUCAGAAAACACGAGAUCGAUGGGAAGGCGCUGCUGCUGCUGAGCAGUGACAUGAUCAUGAAAUACAUGGGGCUGAAGCUGGGGCCCGCCCUGAAGCUGUGCUACCACAUCGAUAAGCUCAAGCAAGCCAAGUUCUAACAGCUUCCUGAACAACAGCAGAAUCUAACUUAAAUCUAGACAGAGAAAACUAUAGGUAACACGCUGCCUUACAGAGAAUGCAUUCCUUUGCAGAUUGUUUUACCCUCUUUUUUUAAACAAAGACUUUGUCUUUUUUAACAUUUGUGCAUCUUCACUUUUUCUUUUUUUUUUUUUUUUUUUUAGUCCAAUGGAAGCUUUGGGGCUUCUUUGUGUUAAUAAUUUGCCAAAAAGUGUAUAAUUACAGUAAUUAUUUUGUACCAUUAAUAUUAUUAUGAUUAUAUAACUCCUAUUUUUGUAAUCAGAAGGGGGAAAUAAGAAGCAAACUGUGACUGCUGGCAGAAAGACCACUGGCUGUCCGCUGGGCAGGGAUGGGGUAGGAUGCAGUGCUGGCUGGGCUGCUGUGUUCAGAGUGUUUGGGGGAUGUGUGCCCUUUGGUCAGCCAACACUGAAUAGGAAUCACCCUGUGUCUUGCACUAACAUCUGGAAAACUUGAAUUCUUCAGUUUGGGGGGAAAAAUAAAGGCAAGAAGAAAAAAGAAGAAUGAAAAUUAAGAGGAAAAAAAAGUGGGUGUUUUUUUUUAUUUUUAGGAAAUAAAAAGAGGGAAAAGGUUUUUAUUGCAGCUGAAGUACCUUUUCCCACUAGAGGGAGCAGCCCUAAUAGACUUGAGGCUGGAGCUAUGAUGACAUGGUGCUUUCCAUCUGAUGAGCUCUGACCAUCUGACUCUCCUAGCCAGCACAUCUCUAAAUACCCAGGAGGAAUCGCAGGUUCCCAGCAGGACAAGCCGUCACCGUUUACACUUAAUUAUUUCAAGAAAAGUCCCAAUGCAGAAAGCGUUUCUGACAGGAUGUUUCCUGUUAAGCUGAAGAGGGGGUGGAUGGCUCCCACGGUGUCUGACACACUCAGCCGUCAUCUCCCCACCUUUCUGCCUGACGUAUGAUUUGCAGCAAAGAAAAAGAACCAGAAUUUCUGGGCUUGUUCUUGUUUGCCAAGUGGGAAUGUUCCCUAUGAGGAGGGCACACCACUGUGCACUGUGGCAACUGUUAGGGCCAAGGUGGGUACUGUAGGGCCACUGCCUGGUUGCACUGCUGCAGAGGACGAUGCACGCUUGCUUUCAGCAUAUGUGCACAUGUUUUCUAGUAGACUCAAAGUAAUGCUCUCUUACACAAAUAUGAGAGGUGCUCAUUGAUAUUCUAGGUAGCCAGGCCAGGAGAAAAGCAGGUCAAAGGGUGAGGAAGUGAUUUGUGGAGUGGGUAUGCCCUCAUCUUCAUCCUGCACAAAUGGAGGAUUAUGAAGGGACGCAUCCAUACAGUUUAAACACUUGGUGCAUGACAAGGAAGUUGUUUUGGUGCUCACCUCAGCAGAAUUGGGCAACAGAGCCCAAAUAAUAAGCAAGACACAAGCAUCCAUGGCAGCUUCCAUAUAGUAGAAUAUUACAAAAAAAUACCUCAUGGAAUGAAAUUCAUUUGGGUGCAUGUUGCUAGAAUAUAAGUCAUAUGAGAAUGUACCACUUCAAGAUCUAACCCUGAAAGUCCUUGUUCCAGCCUGGCCUUGAGUGCCACCAGGGAUGGGCACCCACAGCUUCUCUGAGCAGCCUGUGCCAGUGCCUCAGCACCCUCUGCGUAAAGAAUUCCCUUCUAAUGGCUAAGCUAAAUCUUCCCUCUCCAGUUCAAAGCCAUUCCCCCUUGUCCUAUCACUAUUAGAUCAUCCAUGAUAUGACUAACAACAUCCCACGAGACUUCCAGUAAACUCCUGUGAACUGCCCCUGAAUGAACAAAGUAGUCUGCAUAUGUUUGCAGAGUUGGAUGUUGACGUGACUGGAUGGCUUCCUGCAGAUCUUGUCUCCACAUUAAAACAGUUCUAUGGCUUCGAUGCUAGAAAACACCACAUUGUCACACUCAGAACUCUUCCUAGAAGUCUGUCACUUUCCAAUGAGUUUCCCUAUUUAACUGAAACUGCAGCUGUUAAUAAUGUCAGAACCUCAUUUUGACAUCUUGGAAAUGGAACACCUUUGUUUAAGAAAAUGAAUUUUGCAUUUCAUCAUAUUUUCCUGGAGAAAACUGAUAACAUCACAGCAGUGGCAACAAUGUUCAUACAUUUAACGUGCUGGAAUAGUUUUCAUGUAUGUAUCGAAUGUAUACAGUCAGUGGUGCUAUCUAUCUCAUUUGAUAUGGAACUUUUAGGCAUGGCAGGCUGUUCUAGCCAUGAUAUUUAAUGUGUUGCCUUUCACAGAGGAGGCAUUUAGUGACUUGGUUUUACAUGAAAGUAAAGCUUAUGUAAGAAA